GGAGUUCCGGGCUUCAUAAGGGACAUUGUCGCCUCAUUUUGCUUACACAAGUUGAUCUUUUCUUCACACAACAAGUCAGAGAGCUGACUAUUUACAACCGCCGCAAUGAUUGUGUACCUGUUCCUGUGCAUGCUCUGUACAACUUGCCUGGCAGAAUUACCUUUCCAGGACCAUUACUCUUUCUCCCCAACGGUUGGAAGUGGUAGUGGAACGUCAUUUGCGACACAAGGAAUCGGUAGAAUCACAGCAGUUCGGGUUUGGGAGCUAAAUUCCGCUUACAUCGUUGGACUUCAAUUGCGCUAUGACUAUAUUUGGACGAAUCAAGUUGGCCGAGCAGUUGGCCAACCACUGGAAAUGAUACUGCACCCAGGAGAAAAAAUUGUUCAGGUGUCUGGUAAAUACUUCACCUCCAACUACAUCUAUCAGCUGAUAUUUGUGACCAGCACAGGCCGCAGUUUGAUCAGUGGCCAGCCUACACAGACCUCCUUUAACUUUUACCCCACUUACCCGGAUGCCGAGCUCCGAAUCCUGAGUGGCCGUUACAACGGGGCUGGGAUCACUGGACUGGGAGCUCAUUGGGGAUUGAUCGACCCAAACAGAGUGGUGAACCCAAAUAGCACUUACGCGGGCUAAAGGCAUGCCAGCUUCAUAGUUUAGUCUUGAUGGAUUACAGAAGCUUCCAAAAUAUUUACUUACUCUUCAAUGAACAUAUUACAAUGGAUAUUUGAUACAAAAUGUAUACACUGGAACAAAUCAUUAAAUGAUUCCCCAUGAUUGUCAAGAUCAACCGAAGAAGUGUUAGAUUUAUAAUUUUUGGUAAUGUUGUUGGUCAUGUUUUAUUUACCGUAUAUUACUAUACAUUUUGUCUUAUCAUUAUUAACCUCUUUCACACUGCAUUUUUAUCAACAACAAAAAUUAUUUAUUUAAGGGUAAAUACACUGUAUGUUUGAGCAAUUUAAUUAGCUUAUCAUUUGAUUUUAUACUGGUUUCCUGCACUUCAAAAGCUUUGUUGAUGGUGUCUACGCUCAUAUGUCGCAUGGUUAUACAGGUUUAACUGGAAUAAGCAUUGACCUCUUACAGUAACAGAAAAAAUUAUUCGAAAAGGGAGCAAAAAAAGACAUCAGACCACUGCUCUGCUUUGUUGUCUUUUCAGUCACGGUAGCUGAGGUAGAUAUGCAAAACAAUGGAAAAAGUUAACAAAAGGAAGAAUUUAAUCUGACAGUUGGUGAUGACGAAUUAAGAUGCACUGUACACACACUGUGUAUAAAGCCCUUUAAAAAAAAACAGAAACACCAGCAAAAAUACUCCACUUACAUGUCAUGACCUGCGUAUUAACCAUGUAUCCGCAACAUUGUUAUAAUAAAAGACAACAGAGAUAAACUACUUUUAGCAGCACCUUGAUCACAAAGCGGUAACUAACUUCUGCAGCUAUUGACAUACUGAGCCGGCGAGCUGCUGUGUCAACUCUGGGUUUUUAAAAGUGUGUGCAAAAUUAUAAAUCAUGCCUCUCAAUUGUACAGUAGAAGGUUGUGAUCAUAAGCUGAGAACUUGGCAAACUUGAAAAUCAAUAUAGGCCUGAAGACAUCGCAAGAAAGACUUGAGAAGGCGCUUGUUUUCUCCCACAAUUAUUUUUUUUUUACCUAAAGAGUGAGGAUUAUGAUUAAUUAAUUAUCGCCUCCCUGCUCUAAAGGUUUAUUGUAGAUCAUAAAUCUUACAUUGCAUCUCACCUGGAUAGAAGAAGGCUGAGGACGUAUUUAGACCCGUAGCC